AUGGUUGUUGAUAUACUGUCUCGACUCCCCGCGAAGUGUCUUUGCAGAUUCAAGUGUGUAUCGAAGUCAUGGUUUGCUCUCAUCUCAAGCCCUAAUUUUGCCAAAACACAUCUCAGUCGAAACGACAAACCCGAGAAAGUUUUUCUAGUUUCUGACUUUCUUUAUUCCAUCGACCGCACUGAAGCAUCCAAUAACGAUGAAGUAAUUGCAAUGAAGCUUGAUUUCCCUUGGAUCAAAGACACAUACUUGUUGGACGAUUUCGUGGCUUCUUGCAACGGUUUGCUUCUAGUUGUUCUGAAUAAUCUGAAUAAACUCGACGACUCCCCCAUGUUCUGCAUAUAUGGACUUGGGUACGAUUCGUCUAUGGAUAAUUACAAGGUUGUAGCAGUUUCUGAUUGUAAGGAUACAUUUGUUGUUGUCCAUUCACUCAAAACUAGUUCUUGGAGAAGGAAAUGGAUCCAAGACUUCCCUUAUGAUAAUUCUUUUCUCCUGCCUCGCUCAGGUGUUUUUGUAAAUGGGUCUAUACAUUGGUUGACGAAUAGGGCUUUGGAUCAUUCACCUGUGAUUGUUGCUUUUGAUGUAGCAGACGAGAAAUUCCGGGAUGUUUUGCUGCCUAACUCACAUGGAAUUUUGCUGCCUGCUAAAGCACAUGCACCAAGUGGUUUGGGGGUUCUUGGAGGGUGUCUCUUCUGUUAUAAGGAACAUGAUUAUUUUGUCCAAUUUGAUGUUUGGGUGAUGAAAGAGUAUGGGGUUACUGAGUCAUGGACCAAAUUUACAAUCUAUAUACCUGAUAAUAUGUACAGUUUGCGAUCCUUAUGUGUACAGCUGGAUAACGAACUUCUGUUGAACUUGCAUGACGAGGAAAUGGAUGAAGAUGAGAAAACUGAGGAAGAUAUAUUAGUAAUGUAUAAUUUUAAAGAAAAAAGAUUGAGGAAUAUAAUGGUGGAUGCAUUUCAUUAA